UUCUUCUGCUCUUCAUCACUGGAAUGACAAUAAAUGAACGACCGUCGCAUGAAAGACAAUAUAAAAACGGAAAUUGGCCAGAGUACUCGGAAUACCUAAACCGUACCAGUUGCCUGAUUCCAUUUCCACCGUCGCUAUAUGUCCUACUACCACAAUCCAUCAAGAGCACACUUUUUUUGGAAUUUCCAAUUUAUCGGUAUACUCCAGAAAGUGAUGGAGGUAAUGAAGGAUUAAGUAAUGUUAGGGAUUUGAGCGUGAGUGAUAAUUUGAAUAAUCCGGAAAGAGAUGGAGGUAAUGAAGUAUCAAGUAAUGUUGGGAAUUUGAGAGUGAGUGAAAAUUUGAAUGCUCCGGAAAGAGAUGGAGGUAAUGAAGGAUCAAGUAAUGUUAGGGAUUUGAGAGUGAGUGAGGAUUCUUAUCAAUCUGAAGAGGAAUUGAUGAUGGUGAAGAAAAUUAAGUUCAUUCAAGGUUUUGUGGCAAUCGAGAGAGGGAGACUCAUUUGUCAACUUUUUUGUGAACAAGAAAUCAUUCAUUUUAUUCUCUUAUUUUAUAACUUCCUCUAUAUCAACGGAAAAACUCGUAGACCUCAAGGCCGAAUAACCGAUGUCUCCGACCUGGAAUGA